AUGUUUCCGGAUGCGUUGCUAACUAGUGGAUUUUGGUGUGAUCCCAGUCUGAGCACGACAACGGCCCUGGCCUCGGAAUUUGUCGACUAUCCAUACGACUAUGGCCGGCGGUAUAACGCCUAUAAAGAGGGAGAAUACUGGGCGCCGAACGACGAUGUUCAACAAAACCAGAUGGACGUUGCACACCACAUGUUCUAUGAUCUACUCGAUGGAAAAUUAGCGGAUGCACCCAUUUCCAAAGACGUGAGGGAGGUCAUUGAUCUUGGGACUGGAAAUGGUGCUUGGGCAGUCGACUUUGCGGAUGAAUAUCCAUCUGCCAACGUCACGGGCAUAGACUAUUCCGCAAUCCAGCCAAAUAAUCUUCCCAGUAACUGCAACUUUAUAAUUGACGAUGUCUGUGAUAAGUGGUGUUAUCCACCAAAUUAUUUUGAUCUCGUCCAUAUACGACAGAUGUACGGUUCCGUCACAGAUUGGCACGGUCUCUAUGCCUCAAUAUAUAGGCAUUUAAGACCUGGAGGGUGGGUCGACCAACAAGAGAUGUCAGUUGAGUUCAAGUCGGAUAAUGACUCGUUGCCCUGUGAUCACCCACUCAGACGGUGGUCGCGAGGUAUGCUUCGGGCCGGCGAGAUAAGCGGAAAGACGUUUCAGGUCGCCGAUCAAGCUUGGGGCCAUCUCUUGAACGCGGGAUUCGUCAACACCAUAGAAAAAAAGCACAAAGUACCUGUCGGUACAUGGUCGGAAGACCCUAGAAUGAGGGCCUUAGGGAAGCUGAAUCUGGAACAGAUUAAGGCUGGCAUUGAUGGUUGGACCAUCAUGCCGUUUAUGCGAGAGCUGAGGUGGUCAUACGUUGACAUGCGCCAUCUUAUCCGUGACGUUCUGGAGGCUCUAGAAGAUCCAAACGUCCACCUAUACAUUGAAGUGUCCUCAAUUUGCGCACAGAAACCGAUGGGAGAGAGGAGCUGUGGGAAGUGA